GAUCGGCUUUUUUCGGAGAUUCAGAAGAUUUUUUUUUGUUUGAGAGAAGAUGGAGAAGGAGAGGGAAUGGAUCUGGACCGUUGGAUCUUGUUCGUGAUGGAGAUCUGUGUUUGCCGGGCGCGUGGUUAUAGGUUACGGUUGAUUAAUACGUCGCCGUUUGAUAGAUUUCGAAUAAUGGGCCUUGGGCUUGUUUUUCUUUUUGUGUGACAAUGGCAUCCACUAUAUGUUUAGUUUAAUCAAACUUAUCCAAAUCCAACCCAGCAGAAUUGACGAAAUAUUGUCAUAUAAAAAAAAAAUUUCAGAGCAUUUUAACUAGACGUCUUUUGGUUAAGAGGGAGAUCAAUGAGUUUUGUCCAACGGUAUUGCGUCUGAACUUAACCCAUUUGAUCCCCAAGUCGUGACCGGUGGUGCAAAGUCUAAUCUAUUUUGAUGGCUUCAGUAAAUUUUUUUUUUUUUUUUUUAAUGGCUUAGCUCCAGUUGUUUUAUUUGAAUGUUCAAGUGUUUGAAGUUUUGAAGACGAUAGAAAAGGGAACAAAUUACAUCUAUGAUCUAUUAUUGGUCUCGGAUCACAAAUAAUAUGAUUAAACUCACAUCAAUC